ACCCCUCCCCUCAUUAUGGCCAGCGAGGAGGACGAUGACCCCAUCAUACAAGAGGUGAGUGACUAGUUUCCCCAGUCCCCCGUUUACCAGUCAGUUUCUGCCCAAGCCUAGGUUUGAUCGUCUUGGCAAUGUGAUGAUGAGUGAUGAAAAGAAUAUGAACCCAAGCUUUCUCUCUCUCUGUGUCUUUAGAUUGAUGUAUACCUAGCUAAAAGCCUUGCGGACAAGCUCUAUCUGUUCCAGGUAAAUCUACAUCUACUCUGAAACAAGCUGUGUUGAUUUGAUAUGUUUGUGGGAAAAAAAUUUGUACAGCUAUCUAAAUCAUUCGUUAAUCUUCCUUUCUCUUUUCUCCAUUAUAGUAUCCAGUACGCCCUUCCUCUAUGACCUAUGAUGAUGUCACUCAUCUAUCGGCCAAGAUCAAGCCCAAGCAGCAAAAGGUGUGACAGGGCUCCCUUGUUAAAGAGAUUUCCAUCUCCAAUGUAUACCUAAAUGUCAAAACUUAUGAUCCGUCUUCCACAGCCUGUUUAUUAUAAAACAUUCUCAGCUUACGAUUUGUGUGUCUCUGUGUAGGUGGAGUUGGAGAUGGCCAUUAACACUCAGAGUCCUAACUACUGUCGAAGUAAAGGAGAGCAGAUCGCCCUCAAUGUGGACGGAACCACCUCAGAGGACUCCAACACCUACUCUGUGUGAGUGCAAUACUUUGUACACUUUGUGCUGGUUCACUUCUUAGUACUGUGUUAGUCCUUACGUCUGUUGUGUAUGUGUCUGUGGCAUGCUGGGAAUUGACACUGAUCAUUUAUCAAUCUCCUUGCAGAAAGAUGAUGGACAAGCAGACGUUCACAUCCAUCCAGUCCACAACCAACACCUCCAGAUACGCUGCUGCUGUCUUCAGGAAAGGUAGCUGUGUUUCUGUACAUACAUAUCCAGUCGGCCCUCAUCAGCACUGUCAUUGCUCCUGCUUGUGUUUAUGUUAGUGUCAAUAUCUAAAUGUUUGUCACUGACGCAGUGUUGAUGAUGUUACUGACCUCUGUUGAUGUCACCAGGGGAGCUCCACGUCACGCCGCUGCAGGGUAUCCUCCAGAUGCGACCCAGCUUCUCCUAUCUGGAUAAGGCUGACAGCAAACAUAGAGAGCGGGAGACCGCUAACGAAGGGGGAGACUCUUCUCAGGAUGAGGCGGAGGAGGACGUCAAGGCCGUCACUGUAAGGAAACACACACAGUUACAAUCACAGUUCACACACGAUCCUCUUAAAACAAUUGUUGAGCUCCGUUUUAUUUGUCAGUGUUGGAAUGGUAAAGUUAAACCUGUCUCUUCGCUCUAGGUGAGGUUUUCCCGCCCUGAGUCGGAGCAGGCUCGUCAGCGGCGUAUCCAGUCCUAUGACUUCCUUCAGAAGAAACAGGCAGAGGAGCCCUGGGUCUACCUGCAUUACCACGGCCUCAACGUAAGGGGGUGUUCUCACACACUCUUUUAUGUGACCUCUGUUAAUCCAAGUCACGGCCAAUACCAAUUCAACACCUACUUUGUGUGUGUGUUUAGGACGGGCGUUCGGACCACGAGAGGCAAUACCUGUACUGCCAGGCCAUGGGAGGCUCCGAGAACACAGAACUGGUGAAAACACCAAAGUGAGGACUAACACGUAGUGUCCCUAUUUAAGUGGCUGCUUUUGCUUUAUUCUUUUCAGAUUUUUGACUGUCAGGCUGCUUUUGUGUGACCUCCCUUAUGUCUCUUUCCCCCCACUCCCUUUAUUCAUCCCUUUCUCUCUCAGGGAGUACCUGGCAAUGCUCAUGCCCCCUAUUGCAGAGGAGAAGAUGUAAGUAACACUUACAUGAAGUGUGUAAUGUACUACUCCAUGUUGUAACAUUUCAGGUAUGAAACUGAUGUCCUGUGUGUAUCAGUGUGAGGCCUGUAGGUCCCAGUAACGUGCUGUCCAUGGCCCAGCUCCGGACCCUGCCGCUAGGUGACCAGGUCAAGACCCUGGUAAAGAACGGUACGCUCUCUAACUGCUAACCUUGUUACUUUCAAUCCAAUAAAUCUUUAUUGUCCCCAACGGGAAAGUUUUUUUAUAUUUGUACGUGCACCUCUCCUCCAUCUUAUUCUUUCCAUAAUUUCUCUCCUCCCCUCCAGUCAAAGUGAUGCCGUUUGCCAACCUGAUGGGUUUGUUGACCCCUGGGACAGACUCCACUGCAGUGCUGCGCUGCAUCCAGCAGGUGGCGUUACUGGUGCAGGGCAACUGGGUGGUCAAGAGGUGAGACAUUACAUUUACAUUUUAGUCAUUUUAGUCAUUUAGCAGACGCUCUUAUCCAGAGCGACUUACAGUUAGUGAGUGCAUACAUUUUUCAGUAGAGCAGGACUGUGGAGGCACUAGGCCCUAGGGAUCAGGUUCAUAGAUCAAGAUUAAAUCUAUCCAAAAAGUAGGCAUAAUUCUGGUUUAGUUUUUCAAUAACUAAAUAUGUGAUUUCAUGAGAUUAUGCUUGAAUACUUUAAAAAUAUAUAUAUAUAUUUCAGGUCAUGUUCCUGAAACCAAUUUAACAGUUGUAUUUAUUCUUCCCUCAGUGAUGUGCUGUAUCCUAAGAACAGCUGUAGUCCCCACAGUGGUGUGCCUGCUGAAGUGCUGUGUCGAGGAAGAGACUUUGUGGUGAGUCACACUGUUUAUAUCCCUACCAAAUCACAUAGCAUAUCUUCCUGCACAGGUCCACAGUAAAAUGUACCACCUACACAGGUUCAAAUUUGAAGAGACUUCAUGGUGAAAUAUAAACAGGAUUAAAAACUGAAAAAAAUGAUUAUCUAAUGUUUUUUGUUCCUGUUUCUCUUUUCAGAUGUGGAGAUUCACUCAGGAGCGCUCAGUGAUGAGGAAGGAGAUCACAGCCAUCAUCAAGGUAAUCAACUGUUUAAACAGUUCACUGCCCCAGCCUGGUACCAGAAGGUGCUACUGAUACAUGAACCUAUAGUGUCUCUCACCUGGCCAAAGAUGAUAUACCCAAUUAAAAUACAACUUUAUUUAAAGGACAUGGUGUAACACACUCACUAACAGUUACCCCUAGGGGGUGUUACUAAAUAUUUGUCCACACCUAUUCUUUCCAGCUCCCCCCAGAGGAUGUGAAGGACUUCCUGGAACACAUGGCGGUGCCUCGUAUAAACCGUGGCUGGGAGUUCCUGUUGCCAAGUGACGGUGACUUCAUCAAAAAGCACCCUGACGUGGCCCAGCGGCAGCACAUGCUGUGGAUGGGGAUACAGAGCAAGUAAGAGACGAUAUACGCAAACACACACACACACACUAUCGCUCACUGUUUCUCUUGGUACGGUAAUGUGGAACGAGACUGUUGUGGGUUGAUUUUAUGGUUCAUGGUUGUUUUGUGUUUGCAGAUUGGAGAAGGUCUUCAACUUCUCUAAGGAGGACCUGGUAUCCAAAAAGGACCCACAAACAGGUGUGUGUACUGAUUGUGUGCUCAUAGGAAAGUCCCUCUGGCAUAAGGUAUUUAUAGGUAUCUCUAGCUGAAAACUGUGCCUCUCUCUGUUACAGAACCUAUGUACGUGAGUGGCGAGCAGCGUCUGAAGGCUGCCCGUGAGCGUGCACAACAGAACCAGCCCGCUCUUCAGAAGGACCUGAGUGCUCGUCGACAGGAAAAGGGUGGAGCCGGAGCGAGCGGUGGAACCGGGAUCAGAGUCAAAGAGGAACCUGUCAGCGACGGUGAAGACGAACCCAUGGACACAUCCUCUUCCUCCUCUGCUCUCCCUAACGGGUGGGUAAACGGUUACCCCUCCGCCGCCGCCACUUCCCCUGCCUUGAAUCCUCAUAACGGGCACGGCGGGACUCCCACGCCCUCACCGUCCCCUGAGCUGAGGGACUUUGUGUGGAACACAUUCAGGAAGCAGCACGUGCUGACGCUGAGCGAAGUCAAGAGGCUGUUCAACCUCCACCUGGCCUCCCUGCCUCCGGGACACAGCCUGUUCCACUCCAUCUCAGACCGCCUGCUACAGGAUACUAUACUGAUGAGCCACUGCAAACAGAUACUGGUGCCUGUGAGUAUUAGAGCCUGAACCCUAACCCUGCUACAGGAUUACUAUCCCAUGAGGUUUGGUCUUGGUUUAAGAUUUUGAAACGGACAUGAUAAGGCUGGGGAUGGGGUUAGUUCCACUGGAAAGCGUAAACCGACAACCCCCUGUGGUACUGGAGGAUUUCAGUUAGACAGGCCUAUUCUUCCACCCAUUGAGGAAGUCUGGAUAUCCAAAGAUAACAAUCCUCUCCCUGGACUAAAGAGAUCGGCGCUAGGCUCCCGCCCAGAUGAAACUUAGCCUGCCUGGGCUCUCUGCUACUCUUGAAUUGUGGUCUCUCGCUUGCCUCAGGAGUGAAACUAUCACCUUUCCUAAACAGAAUAACAAACUAACAGUGAUUUUGGUAUGUGAUCUAUCCCUGUAGCAGCGCACAGGCUUUGAUCCUGAGGGUAGUAGGUAGGUAGUAGAGUGAGAGCAGUGAGGCACUGGAGAGUUGGCCUUCUCAGGUUCAACUCUCUGAAUAGAGCCUGAUGGCUGUGGGAUUGUAGAAUCUAGCUGUUCAAUUUUACUAUGCCCCACCAGCCUGCUCUGUACCUUAGGUGAAGCCUACAUUUUCCUAUGAGGUGUGGCUCUUCAAACUUUGCUCUCAUUGUUAUGUCUUAAUUCCAUAGUACGCAUCAGAGAAGCAGUUGAAUGAACACUGUUAGCAUUAAUACCAUGACACACCUAUUGUAUGGAUAAGGAGCUCAUCUCCUCCCUCGUAUCAGAUCAAAUCAAAUCAACUCAAAUUUUAUUGGCCACAUGUGCCGAAUACAACAGGUGCAGACAUUACAGUGAAAUGCUUACUUACAGCCCUUAACCAACAGUGCAUUUAUUUUUAAUAAAAAAAGUAAAAUAAAACAACAACAAAAAAGUGUUGAGGAAAAAAAGAGCAGAAGGAAAAUAAAAUAACAGUAGGGAGGCUAUAUAUACAGGGGGGUACCGGUGCAGAGUCAAUGUGCGGGGGCACCGGCUAGUUGAGGUAGUUGAAGUAAUAUGUACAUGUGGGUAGAGUUAUAUUGACUAUGCAUAAAUAAUUAACAGAGUAGCAGCAGCGUAAAAAGAUGGGGUGGGGGUGGGGGGCAGUGCAAAUAGUCAGGGUAGCCAUGAUUAGCUGUUCAGGAGUCUUAUGGCUUGGGGGUAGAAGCUGUUGAGAAGUCUUUUGGACCUAGACUUGGCACUCCAGUACCGCUUGCCGUGCCGUAGCAGAGAGAACAGUCUAUGACUAGGGUGGCUGGAGUCUUUGACAAUUUUGAGGGCCUUCCUCUGACACCGCCUGGUAUAGAGGUCCUGGAUGGCAGGAAGCUUGGCCCCAGUGAUGUACUGGGCCGUACGAACUACCCUCUGUAGUGCCUUGUGGUCGGAGGCCAAGCAGUUGCCAUACCAGGCGGUGAUGCAACCAGUCAGGAUGCUCUCGAUGGUGCAGCUGUAGAAUUUUUUGAGGAUCUGAGGACCCAUGCCAAAUCUUUUCAGUCUCCUGAGGGGGAAUAGGCUUUGUCGUGCCCUCUUCACAACUGUCUUGGUGUGUUUGGACCAUGAUAGUUCAUUGGUGAUGUGGACAUCAAGGAACUUGAAGCUCUCAACCUGUUCCACUACAGCCCCGUCGAUGAGAAUGGGGGCGUGCUCAGUCCUCUUUUUUUUCCCUGUAGUCCACAAUCAUCUCCUUUGUCUUGGUCACGUUGAGGGAGAGGUUGUUAUCCUGGCACCACACGGCCAGGUCUCUGACCUCCUCCCUAUAGGCUGUCUCAUCGUUGUCGGUGAUCAGGCCUACCACUGUUGUGUCGUCGGCAAAAUUAAUGAUGGUGUUGGAGUCGUGCCUGGCCAUGCAGUCAUGGGUGAACAGGGAGUACAGGAGGGGACUGAGCACGCACCCCUGAGGGGCCCCUGUGUUGAGGAUCAGUGUGGCAGAUGUGUUGUUACCUACCCUUACCACCUGGGGGCGGCCCGUCAGGAAGUCCAGGAUCCAGUUGCAGAGGGAGGUAUUUAGUCCCAGGAUCCUUAGCUUAGUGAUGAGCUUUGAGGGCACUAUGGUGUUGAAUGCUGAGCUGUAGUCAAUGAAUAGCAUUCUCACGUAGGUGUUCCUCUUGUCCAGGUGGGAAAGGGCAGUGUGGAGUGCAGUAGAGAUUGCAUCAUCUGUGGAUCUGUUGGGGCGGUAUGCAAAUUGGAGUGGGUCUAGGGUUUCUGGGAUAAUGGUGUUGAUGUGAGCCAUGACCAGCCUUUCAAAGCACUUCAUGGCUACAGACGUCAGUGCUACGGGUCGGUAGUCAUUUAGGCAGGUUAUCUUAGUGUCCUUGGGCACGGGGACUAUGGUGGUCUGUUUGAAACAUGUUGGUAUUACAGACUCAGUCAGGGACAUGUUGAAAAUGUCAGUGAAGACACUUGCCAGUUGGCCAGCACAUGCUCGGAGUACACGUCCUGGUAAUCCGUCUGGCCCUGCGGCCUUGUGAAUGUUGACCUGCUUAAAAGUCUUACUCACAUCGGCUACGGAGAGCGUGAUCACAUAGUCAUCCGGAACAGCUGGUGCUCUCAUGCAUGCUUCAGUGUUGCUUGCCUCGAAGCGAGCAUAGAAGUGGUUUAGCUCGUCUGGAAGUCUUGUGUCACUGGGCAGCUCGCGGCUGUGCUUCCCUUUGUAGUCUGUAAUAGUUUUCAAGCCCUGCCACAUCCGACGAGCGUCAGAGCCGGUGUAGUACGAUUCAAUCUUAGUCCUGUAUUGACUCUUUGCCUGUUUGAUGGUUCGUCGGAGGGCAUAGCGGGAUUUCUUAUAAGCGUCCGGCGUAGAGUCCCGCUCCUUGAAAGCGGCAGCUCUACCCUUUAGCUCAGUGCGGAUGUUUCCUGUAAUCCAUGGCUUCUGGUUGGGGUAUGUACGUACGGUCACUGUGGGGACGACAUCAUCGAUGCACUUAUUGAUGAAGCCAGUGACUGAUGUGGUGUACUCCUCAAUGCUAUCUGAAGAAUCCCGGAACAUGUUCCAGUCUGUGCUAGCAAAACAGUCCUGUAGCUUAGCAUCUGCAUCAUCUGACCACUUUUUUAUUAACAGAGUCACUGGUGCUUCCUGCUUUAGUUUUUGCUUAUAAGCAGGAAUCAGGAGGAUAGAGUAAUGGUCAGAUUUGCCAAAUGGAGGGCGAGGGAGACCUUUGUAUGCGUCUCUGUGUGUGGAGUAAAGGUGGUCUAGAGUUUUUUUUCCUCUGGUUGCACAUUUAACAUGCUGGUAGAAAUUAGGUAGAACGGAUUUAAGUUUCCCUGCAUUAAAGUCCCCGACCACUAGGAGCGCUGCAUCUGGAUGAGCGUUUUCCUGUUCACUUAUGGCUUAUACAGCUCAUUCAGUGCAAUCUUAAUGCCAGCAUUGGUUUGUGGUGGUAAAUAGACAGCUAUGAAAAAUAUAGAUGUCAAAUAUCUUGGUAAAUAGUGUGGUCUACAGCUUAUCGUAAGAUACUCUACCUCAGGCGAGCAAAACCUCGAGACUUCCUUAGUAUUUGAUUUUGUGCACCAGCUGUUGUUUACAAAUAUACACAGACCGCCACCCCUUGUCUUACCGGAGUCAGCCGUUCUAUCCUGCCGAUGUAGCGUAUAGCCCGCUAGCUGUAUGUUGUCCAUGUCGUCGUUCAGCCACGACUCGGUGAAAGAUAAGAUAUUACAGUUUUUAAUGUCCCGUUGGUAGGAUAACCGCAAUCUUAGGUCAUCUAAUUUAUUCUCAAAUGAUUGAAGAUUGGCUAAUAGGAUUGAUGGGAGGGGCAGUUUACUCGCUCGACCUACGUCCACGAUAUCUCCGUCUCUUCCUCAUGCGAAUGACGGGGAUUUGGGCCUUGUCGGGUGUCUGUAGGAUAUCCUUCGGCCGCCUCGUUGAAGAAAAAAUCUUGGUCCAAUCCCAGGUGAGUAAUCGCUGUCCUGAUAUCCAGAAGCUCUUUUUGGUUAUAAGAGACGAUGGCAGAAACAUUAUGUAGAAAAUAAAUUACAAAUAAUGCGGUAAAACACACAUAAUAGUACAAUUGGUUAGAGGGCUGUAAAACGGCAGCUAUCUUCUCCGGCGCCACUAUAACCAACCUGGGUUAGGUUCUUAUCCUCCUCUCUCUCCUCAGGUGGUGGUAGGAUUUUAGACCCUGAAGGGAGGGAUGGAGGAGGGUGUAGAGGAAACCAGCCAGCUGUUAAAUAGCUUAUAUUAUUGGCUGAGAGGACAAAGCCUAUUACUGGGUAGAUUAACCGUAAACUUUAGGCAGACGGAAGGCAAAACUGUUAGUUCAGCCUCUAGGGGCAACAUCAUCCUAUCCCAGCAGGGGUUGAUGCUUACUGGGAGUGGAGAGGGUUGAUUUAGGGAUUGGUUUAUUUACAUUUGGGUCAUUUAGCAGAUGCUCUUAUCAAGAGCGACUUACAGUCAAUUUAUGAACACAGCACGCCUGUAUUUAGAUGUGCAUUGCCUCAGUGUGUUGUUUUGUUGGGAUUGGGAAUAAUCUUGUAAUAAAAGGUCUGUUCUGUCUGUAAAUCCCAGUGCUAUGAGAUUGUGGGUCACUGCAGUGGUUUCUCUCCUGUCCCCUUAUACAGUUUCAUCAGUUGCUUUCUCAUCUCUCCAUGUCAUUUCAUUGGUUCUAUCAAUUUUAUCCUCUACUUUUUCUUGUAAUUUCAAUAGUUGUUUCCUUCCUCUCUUUUCUUCCCUGUAGUUUCCAGCCCAGAGUACAGCAGCUGCUGAUGAGCAGAAGGUGUUUGCGGUGUGGGAGACGGGAGAGACAUUCGACAAGGUAACAACAACAGGGGCCAGGGUGGGGUACUUCUUCUAACCAAGUCUGUACAAAAGUUUUUUUUUCUUCAUUUUCGUUCAUCAUUCCACGUACCUACUGCACCCACUGAAUCACUCUGAGUAUGUGUAUGUCCUGUAUUAUGGUUUUGAAAUCAUGCAGAAAUACAUUGAUCACAACAAGUUGGUAACCGCACGUCUUAACCUGUUUGCCUUCUUAGUUUGAGAUCAGGAUGUGUUUAAGGACUCUAUUCUACUGUCUACAUUUCAAAGAUCUUCAAAUUGUUGAAUGUCCUGUCCCCCAGCAUCGUCAGGUCCUGUAUGAGAUCUUCAUGAAGAACUACCGGGUGAGGAGGAACGUGAUCCAGACCAGGCUGACGCAGGAGCUGGGAGACCAGGUUACCAAGGCCGAUGUGGACCGCCUGCUCAAGGUACGACUGGUCUCCGAACAGACUGUUGAACAGCGUCUCAAACUGGCUUUAGAAACAGGCUCUAGAAUGGGCUGUUAGAGCCAACUUUAUAAAAGGCUCUGGAACCAGCUUUUAAAUGGGUUCUGGAACCUGCUCUAGAGUUGCAAUUGAGUACCUGAGUGGGCACAGAGUUGACACAGUUGCAAAGCUCUAGGAACACCUUUAUAACUGUCUCAAGAACCAGAUGUUUCUAACCUGUGUUCUCUGGUCCUGUCUUAUUAGGAGUGCUGUGUGAGCUUAGGAGGGAUGUGGUACCUCAAGGGUACCCUACAGUCCUGA